AGAGAGAGAGAGAGAGAGGAUAGAACAGAACAGGAGAGACAGAGAGAACAAAACAGUCAGAAAAAAAGAUAGAGGGAGGGAGAGAGAGAGAGAUAACGGCAGAGAGAGAGAGAGACUCUGCCAACAAUCUACAUGAAUCAAUUCACCAAUCACUACCUUUCGCUGAGCUGAGCAUUUAUUCACUGGGAACUAGUCAGUGACUUUGCCUGUCCUACAUUGGCACACUGCAAAGCUUUCUCUGGGUCUGAAGUCGUGGACGGACGAUGCUGCUCCUGGCCCUGUUGCUUCUCGGCCUGUCCCUCCACACGGCUAUUUCACAGCAGGUGGACGAAGCUGUCACCUACAUGGAGUGUACUGACGGCUACGAGUGGGAUCAUGAGAGGCAGCAUUGCCGAGACAUAAACGAGUGCGAGACCAUCCCCGGGGCCUGCAAGGGGGCCAUGAAGUGCUUCAAUCACUACGGAGGGUACCUGUGCCUGCCUCGCUCAGCCUCCAUCAUCACCCACAACGACGUGCCCCCUAACAACGAGCCUGGCGCUACCCCCCCACUCGCCAGCCAGCAGCCGCCACUCCCCGGCGUCAACUCUGCAGCCACCGCCUGCCCACAGGGGUACAGCCCCAACCAGGAGGAGCAGUGCGUGGACGUCGACGAGUGCAAGCUCGACAUCCACAGCUGCCAGCCGAGCCAAGAGUGCGUCAAUACCCAGGGAGGGUACAACUGCAAGUGCCCAGAGGGGUAUCAGCUGGUGGGGACAGAGUGUAUCGACAUAAACGAAUGUCGCUUCAGGUACUGUCAGCACCGGUGUGUGAACUCUCCGGGGUCGUUCACGUGUCAGUGUGAGCCAGGCUUCACCUUGGGGAGAGACAACCACUCCUGUGUGGACGUGGACGAGUGUGAGAUGGGAGCCCCGUGCGAGCAGCGUUGUUUCAACACCUACGGGUCCUUCCUGUGCCGCUGUGAGCAGGGCUACGAGUUGAGCAGCGACGGGCAAAGCUGCCAAGAUAUCGAUGAGUGUAGUUACUCCAACUACUUGUGUCACUAUCAGUGUGUGAAUGAGCCAGGCCGUUUCUCCUGCGUCUGUCCUGAUGGCUACCAGCUCCUGGGCACCAGGAUCUGCCAAGAUGUGAACGAGUGUGAGACAGAGCAGCACCAGUGCACGGAGAACCAGAUGUGCACCAAUGUGUACGGCGGAUUCCGGUGUGUGCCGAAGAACCAAUGUCAGGAGCCGUACGUGCAGGUGUCAGACAACCGCUGCCUGUGCCAUGCCACAACUCCAGGGUGUCAGGACAAGCCAGCCUCAAUUGUCUAUCGGUACAUGAGCAUCACGUCGGACAGGAGUGUUCCCUCUGACAUCUUCCAAAUCCAGGCCACCAGCAUCUACCCCGGAGCCUAUAACACCUUCCGCAUCAAGGCAGGGGAUGAGCAGGGAGAUUUCUACAUCAGGCAAAUCAACAACAUCAGUGCAAUGUUGGUGCUGGCCAAGCAAGUGACAGGCCCAAAGGACUUUGUGCUGGAUCUUGAGAUGGUCACUGUCAACCCGGUCAUGUCAUACCAGUCGAGCUCCGUGCUGAGGCUGACCAUAUACGUGGGCUCGUACUCCUUCUAAGGGCUAGAUCACCCUCUGGUGUUACUGUAAUAGAAUUCUUUUUUUUUUAAAAAGUUAAAAGAAAAGUGGUUUGCAACAAA